AUGUAUCUCUGGCUCACGCUCCUCCAUGCCUUUGGCAUCAUCGCCACCCAGGCCGCGCCUACGGCUACCGGCUUCAGCAAGCUCUGCAAAGACAUCACGUUGACGGGAUCCUGGCUCGUCGCCAACUGCCCCGACAACAACGGCGCCAGCAUCCAAAGCAGCGUCUACUUACCAUCCAAAAUUUCAAAUUCAGACGGAAAUCUGGUGUGGUCCGUCGACGGCCAAUAUCAGGGUACCUGCAUCACGUGCUCCAUUACGAGCGAUGGCAUUCUGCAUUGCACGUGCUGGAAGGCGCAAGGGCAUACGAGGGACGCAACUAUAAACCUUGAGGAACACAUCGCCGUCUACAACGGCCACCUCCUUUCCGACCUCAAGGGCACUCCGCAACCUCCCAGCUCCAGCAGCCCCAUAUCCAUGCCCUCUGACCUCUCCUGGACCUUCAACUACGGCGACACCAGCACCUACACCCCCGGUAGCAGCCUUUCGGCGCUAGGUGCUACCGAAGCUCCCGGGUGCACCGAUUAUACAGUGGUCGAACACGGCAACCCCCAGCCUUGCCUCACGGAGCGAGUCCCCUUCUCCUCAACCGUCGACUAUAUCGCGUUUGGAGGAGGGAAGAUGACGGCUGCAGGUGGGGCGUGGGACGUCAAGGUGUACGACAAUCUGGACUGCACGGGGACGCCGCUCGGUACGAUUACGGAAUUUGGGACAUGCAAGGUGUUUGAGAAGACUGCGUUGGCGUUGCAAGUCUUGCCGAAGUGGAAUGCGGAUGUGUAG